ACUCUAUACUUAAGUCACAACGAACCAACAAGCGCCAGUUCAGGUUCGAAGGUCGGCCUGAUUUCAUACACACAUUUCAAAUAUUGAUAACUAGUCGAAUGAUCAUUUGACUUGCUGAUAAGUGAUAAAAAUGGAUAUAAAAAAAGUUUUAGUAGCUGAUGCUGUCGAUAAUGCGUGUAUCGAACUCUUGAAGAAAUACUCGAUUGAAGUCGAUUGUAAAUAUAAGCUAUCGAAGGAACAAUUGGUUCAAGAAAUUAAGAAUUAUGAUGCCAUAGUUGUCAGAUCCGAUACAAAAGUUACUGCUGAAGUAAUCCAAGCUGGCAAAAGAAUGAAAGUAAUCGGCAGAGCUGGGGCAGGAGUUGACAAUAUCGAUGUGAAUGCAGCUACAGCCAAUAAUGUGAUAGUUUUAAAUACUCCUGGUGGUAAUGCCAUAAGCGCUUGUGAGCUGACCUGCUCGCUAAUCACAAAUUUAGCCAGAAACGUAACACCGGCCAGUGCCUCAUUGAAAGCUGGAAGAUGGGACAGAAAGUUGUACUCUGGACACGAACUCAGUGGAAAAACGUUGGCCAUUAUCGGCCUGGGCAGGAUCGGGCGCGAAGUGGCACUUAGGAUGCAAGCUUGGGGAAUGACUACUAUAGGAUUUGAUCCCAUCGUCAGUGCCGAAGAAGCCAAGCAGUUUAAUACUGAGUUUUUGCCUUUGGAACAAAUUUGGCCGCGUGCCGAUUACAUUACAGUGCACACACCUUUGAUACCUGCCACUAGAAAUCUCAUCAACCAAAAAGUCCUAAACUCCUGUAAAAAAGGCAUCAGAAUAAUAAACGUGGCGCGUGGCGGUAUCAUCAACGAAUCGGAUCUGUUGGCCGCCAUCAAAUCAGGCCAGUGCGGCGGUGCCGGUAUCGAUGUAUUCGAACAAGAACCACCCACUGAUCCCGUAACUUUAGAACUGAUCGCUCAGGACAAAGUGGUGGCGACGCCGCAUUUGGGCGCCAGCACUGGCGAGGCUCAGAUUCGUGUAGCUGUCGAGGUUUCUGAGCAAAUUAUCGCUUUGACUGGCAAGAGCAAGGACUACACUUCGACUGCUGGAGUGAUCAAUCGUAGCGUUUUGGAUAAAAGGGCUUAGAUUUAUAUUUGACUAGUUUUGAAUAUAUUUUUUUUUUGAUAAUGA